ACGUCACGUGUAGUCUAAUCUGGUCCAAAAGGCGACUGGAAAAAAAGUGAACAGCGAACUCCUUUCGAUUCUCGUACACAGAAUAAAAAGCAAAACCCACCACCACCAAGAAGGAGAACAAGGAAAAACUUCCAGUUCCAGGGACUCCCAUGGCGCAAAUGAGCAUCCCUCCGAUCGACCCAAGAAGCGGCUUCUCCAAAUCAAACUCCACCUUCUACAGCAAACGCAAGCCCAUCGCUUUACCUUCCAACGAAUCCCUCGACGUCACCACCUUCAUCUCGUCCCGGGCCCACCACGGCAGGAUCGCCUUCAUCGACGCCUCCUCCGGCCGCCACCUCACCUUCUCCGACGUCUGGUCCGCCGUCGACUCCGUCUCCUCCUCCCUCUCCGCCAUGGGCGUCCGGAAAGGCCACGUCGUCCUCCUCCUCUCCCCUAACUCCAUCUUCUUCCCAAUCGUCUGCCUCUCCGUCAUCUCCCUCGGCGCCGUCAUCACCACCACUAAUCCCCUCAACACCACUCAAGAGAUCGCCAAGCAAAUCGCCGAUUCGAAACCCUUCCUCGCAUUCACCACUCCCCAACUCGUCCCCAAAAUCGCCCCCUCAAACCUCCCAAUUGUACUUAUCGGCGAGGAGAAAUUAAUCGGAACCGCGAAAAUUGUGACUACAUUGGAGGAAAUGAUGAAGGAGAAACCGAGUGAGAGCCGAGUGAAGGAGCGAGUGACUCAGAACGACACAGCAACUCUGCUUUACUCGUCCGGAACAACUGGGGCGAGUAAAGGCGUGAUAUCAUCGCACAAAAACCUAAUCGCGAUGGUCCAAACCGUUUUGAGCCGUUUCGAUUCGGAAGGAGGCACGCAGGUUUUCAUCUGCACCGUCCCUAUGUUUCACAUCUAUGGCUUGGUAGCGUUCGCGACGGGCCUACUGGCAUCCGGAUCAACGGUUGUGGUCCUCUCGAGAUUCGAGAUGGAUGAGAUGUUUUUAUCGAUCGGGAAAUACCGGGUUACGGAUUUACCCCUGGUGCCACCGAUCAUUGUGGCGAUGGUGAACGGGGCGGAUCAGAUAAGGCGGAAGUACAAUUUUGGGAGUUUGAAAUCUGUUUUGUGCGGUGGGGCCCCGUUGAGUAGGGAGGUGAUUGAGGGGUUUGUGGAGAAGUAUCCGACGGUGGACAUUCUACAAGGGUAUGGGUUGACGGAAUCGACGGGAAUUGGGGCUUCGACAGAUUCGUUGGAGGAGAGUAGGAGGUAUGGGACGGCAGGUUUGUUGUCGCCAAACUUUGAGGCGAAGAUAGUUGAUCCGGAUAGUGGAGAGGCAUUGCCGGUUAAUCGGACGGGGGAGCUUUGGCUCAGAGGUCCCACCAUUAUGAAAGGUUAUUUCAGUAAUGCUGAAGCAACGGCAUCAACUUUAGAUUCAGCUGGAUGGUUGAGAACUGGAGAUCUGUGCUACAUCGAUGAGGAUGGAUUCAUAUUUGUAGUUGAUAGGUUGAAAGAACUGAUAAAAUACAAAGGAUAUCAGGUUCCCCCUGCAGAACUAGAGGCUUUGUUACUUACUCACCCGGAAAUAGCUGAUGCUGCUGUUAUACCGUUUCCUGACAGGGAAGUCGGUCAGUAUCCCAUGGCAUAUGUGGUACGAAAAAAUGGAAGCAAUUUGUCAGAGAGCGCUGUCAUGGACUUUGUUGCUAAACAGGUUGCUCCCUAUAAGAGAAUCAGGCGUGUAUCGUUUAUAGCUUCCGUCCCCAAGAAUGCCUCAGGCAAGAUACUUCGGAAGGACUUGAUAAAACUCGCAACCUCAAAGCUAUAAUAAAUGUCUUGUAAUUAACGAGGUUGUUUGGUGAGGAUUUGUGAAAUUUACUGUCGUAGUGUUUGGAUAAUUCAUAUACUAGCACCUUAUCUCAAAACCGAUAUCCAUGUUUGAUAUAAUAAGUUGUUCUAGCUUCUUAA